UACGAAAAUAAAUGACUAAGGGCUGUUUAUGACAAAGAAAUCAGAAGUAUACUGUUUCAAAGACUGGAAGAUUGUCAACUUUCAGUAUACAGAGUGCUUUAGUAUAAGAGCUACAUUAUUCAUAUGCGGGAAUGUCAUUUUCAGUUUAUUAGAAAAGAUGUGUCAGAAAUGAAAAAGUGUAAAUCAUCGCUGCAUUGCCUGUUCUGUUUAUCACUUCUGGUAUUGAAUGUUGAUAUCAUAAGUAUGUCUUGGAAUUGGUUUGAGGCUCAGCGAUAUUGCAGUAAAAACAAUGACACAUUAGAAUAUAAUGCCUCUUCCAAUUCAACAGUGGAUUUUUGGUCUGGUGUAUACAAACGACACUCAUUGUGGAUAAAAAUUCUAGGCUGUUAUGAUUUAAACGCGGUACAACACCACGAAGAAUUCCAGAUGCACUAUCUGUCAGCUGGAUUUUGUCAAGAAAUGUGUACAACUGUAAAUUCAACCAUUUUUGGAAUUAAGAAAAAUAAAUGUGUGUGCAUUAAGAGUCCAGUUUUGGCUAGAACGAUUCCAUCCAACUUCUGUAAUGAAGCAUGCAAUCAAGACACAAGUGACAUACAAUUCUCAGAAUGCGGUGGAUCUAACGCCUACACUUUAUACAUUGCAGAUAUAGAUACACCAGAAUCAACAAAUUUGACAUCAACUGAAUUUAAUAGAAAAUCAGCCUGUCUUGCUAUCAACUGUGGUACUGUCGAAACGUUUUCCAUAUCUUCUGGUUGUUCUGAGUCAUAUUCCGGAGUCUGUGAAGAUAAAGGAUAUCUAGGUUGUUUUGAAGAUCAGUGGUCGAGAAUCUUGAAAGAUGGGCCUAUAACAUCGGAUAAGACGACUGUAACAGAGUGUAAAAACAUUUGCUCAGAAAAGAAAACAAAAUAUUAUGGUGUUGAGAAUUCAAACGAAUGUUUUUGUGGAAACACAAUUACAUCAAGAGUAGAAAAGCCUGAAGGCGAAUGCAACAUGCAAUGUCGUGGAGAUGUUCGUCAAACUUGUGGUGGAUCAUGGGGAAUCAAUAUCUACAGAAAUCCGUACUACAUAAUAGGUUCCUGUACAAGUAUUUUUAUAAAGUAUAGGCCAAUAGACCGCAAAGAGUUUUUUUUAUUAGGCGGUGUGUGCCCCCACUUUUUGGACAGUUUAAGACUUUGGGGUAGGGUAGGGCUUUCAGAUUUCUUUUAGAUAAAACCGUUGAAACAGGCCUGUCAAAGGCAUACGGAAACUUUAUAUAUUUCACGUAUAUUCUCAUAUACUUUCACUUUGCUCAUGAUAACAUUUUUUCAAGGUUCAGUUGAAUUUUUUUAUGGAUGAAUUCAUAAGAGGCCAAAUGUUUCAUUCCCAUUUUUUUUCAUUUAUUCCGAUUUUUUGAUUGAAAAUUCAUAUUGAUGUAUUUUUUUUUAUUUUCAAUGAUUUUUUUCCCUCCAUUU